AUCUUAAUAUUAUAUCUGAGAUAGACAAAGCAGUAGCUUGCAGGCCGGGAAGAGCAACGCACGCUGUAGUCAGUUCCUGCCGUCGCUCACUGCUACAAGCGACUCCUUCACGUUGUAUCCACUUCACAAUGACACUUACACCUGAAGCUGCCAACGUGGACCUGCUGUUUGCAUUGAACGAAGCAAGUGCAGAGCGGGCCGCUGAGGCUAUAGCUGCCGGGGCAGAUGUCAACAUGAAGAGUUCUUGGGGUGCCACCCCCCUCCACAUCGCCUCACUCAGAGGGGUUGCGCGCCUCAUCCAGCUCCUAUUGUCUAGGGGAGCCAAGCUGGACGUGACCGAGAGUGAGGGCUUCACACCACUCAUGGUGGCUGCGCUCAAUGGGCACACGGACGCCGUGAGGACACUGGUGGUUAAUGGUGCCGACCCACAUGCUACUCGACUGGACUCCGGAGAGACCGCCCUUCACAUGGCCAUGAACAGCAACAGCCGCGGGAUGGUCAUUGCGCUGCUCGACGCUGGCGCCGACGUCAAUGCUCUGACUAGUGAUAAAUCCACACCUCUUCAUGUCGCUGCUGAGUUGAAUGCCCAGCAUGGGGCCGAGGCUCUGCUGAGUCACCCUGCGUGUGAAAUUAUUCUGAAAAACAGCAGUGGCAAGACUGCCGACCAAGUGGCCAGAGACCACGAACACUACUCCCUGGCAGAAUACCUGGACAUGUGCAGUUCUCCAUUCAGCGAACGUGACAAGAUGUUGGUGUCAGCUGUACUGGCCAGGGACGCAGAUCGGGCAGCUGAGGCUGUAGCUGCCGGCGCUAACGUCGACCUACAGAGUCCUGGGGGAGUCAGACUCCUCCAUGCAGCCUCCCUUAGAGGGACGGCUCCCAUCAUCAGCCUCCUACUAACCAACAAUGCGAAAGUAAACGUGGCCGAUGCCGAGGGCUUCACACCGCUUAUGGUGGCUGCGCUCAAUGGGCACACGGACGCCGUGAGGACACUGGUGUUUAAUCGUGCCGAUCCAAAUGCUACUCGACUGGAUUCCGGAGAGACCGCCCUUCACCUGGCUAUGAACAGCAACAGCCGCGGGGUGGUCACUGCACUGCUCGACGCUGGCGCCGACGUCAAUGCUCUGACUACUGACAACUCCACGCCUCUCCAUGUCGCUGCUGAGUUGAAUGCCCAGCAUGCGGCCGAGGCCCUACUGCAAGCUCCACUGCAUGACCUUACAAUUAAGAACGCCCAAGGCCACACUGCCGCAGAGGUUGGCAAACUUCACGGCCACGUCAACAUGGCUCGGCUGCUGGCGACAAGUGACCAGGUGGACAAUCUUGCGCCUAUGACACAGACGGACAACGAUCAGGGUGCAAGAGUUACAGUUCUUAAACUCAACGUGGUGGUGGGCGGCGUGCGGCCGGCCAGCGAGGGCGUGUACAAGUGCACCAGCCGGCCCCGGGGGCACGUCCUCGUCAUCAACUACCACGAAUUCCAAAGUUAUUCUUGGCGUAAAGGCUCACCCAUCGACGUCGCCAACCUGGAAAAUUUAUUUACAAAGAUGGGUUUCAAGGUGACCACACACUCGGAUCUAAGUCUGGAGGGAACUCACAACGCCCUAAAUAAUUUUCGUAGCGACGGAGACCUAGCAAACGUGGACUCUGCUUUCAUCUGUGUACUCAGCCACGGAGUUGACAGGGAGACCUUUCUCACGUCAGACGAUGAAAAGAUGACUACGAACGAGGUUCGGAACAUGUUCAAAGACGAGGCGUGUCCCCUCCUGAAGGGGAAGCCUAAAGUCUUUUUGUUCAACUUUUGUCGUGGUCAGAAGCUCGAGAAGGGCUGCGUACUCGACGUAGCUCAAGAUGCCGUUUCACUAGGAACAACAUCUUCACCGACUGAUCUAAGGUCUUCACCGGCUAAUCCAUGGUCUCCUUCAUCGAUUGAAGUCUUCAAGGACAUGUCCACAAUAUACGCCACCGUCGAGGGGGUUCAAGCACUUCGCGACGAGGAGAGAGGUACCUUCUUCGUGAUGGCACUGUGUGAGGUUUUCGCUGCCAAUGCCCAUAACAAAUCACUGGAUGAGCUGGUUACCAAGGUAACUGAAAGGAUGAUUAAACAUCUGAGUGCCACCACUCCGGAGACCGUGAAUCACGCCUUCAAGAAGUUCUAUAUCAAUCCCAUGCGCCCAGAACACCAGUGAUGAUCCAGUUCGAAGGUUCCGCUCCUCAGACUAUCCCACAGUCAGCUCAUCAGGCUGCCCAACACCCGCAGUGUACAGCUCAUCAGGCUGCCCAACACCUGCAGUUUACAGCUCAUCAGGCUGCCCAACACCCGCAGUUUACAGCUCAUCAGGCUGCCCAACACCCGCAGUGUAUAGCUCAUCAGGCUGCCCAACACCCGCAGUUUACAGCUCAUCAGGCUGCCCAACACCCGCAGUGUAUAGCUCAUCAGGCUGCCCAACACCCGCAGUGUAUAGCUCAUCAGGCUGCCCAACACCCGCAGUGUAUAGCUCAUCAGGCUGCCCAACACCCGCAGUGUAUAGCUCAUCAGGCUGCCCAACACCCGCAGUGUAUAGCUCAUCAGGCUGCCCAACACCCGCAGUGUAUAGCUCAUCAGGCUGCCCAACACCCGCAGUGUAUAGCUCAUCAGGCUGCCCAACACCCGCAGUGUAUAGCUCAUCAGGCUGCCCAACACCCGCAGUGUAUAGCUCAUCAGGCUGCCCAACACCCGCAGUGUAUAGCUCAUCAGGCUGCCCAACACCCGCAGUGUAUAGCUCAUCAGGCUGCCCAACACCCGCAGUGUAUAGCUCAUCAGGCUGCCCAACACCCGCAGUGUAUAGCUCAUCAGGCUGCCCAACACCCGCAGUGUAUAGCUCAUCAGGCUGCCCAACACCCGCAGUGUACAGCUUAGUGCAAGAGAGUGAGAAAGACUUGGUGUAAAUUCCUUACAUAAAUUUCACAAAUACAAAAGUCAUACACAAAUACUUUUAUCCUAUCCUAAAGACUGUUGAGUGAGGUGGUGAUUUAUGGUAGAGGCAUUGAUGGUCGUGUCAAGGUGAGUGACCAGCUCGCCUGGUGCAGCUAAGUUACUCAAGAAUUAACCUUGUCAGCAAGUAAAACUAGUUUCGAGCCUGAUCCAGCAUUGUGGUGGAUACAGUGUUGGCGUCCCUCACUUACAUCCGCACUCAGUGGACGUCUGGAGACGCCUGGCACGUUGUCGGGGGGGAGUAAGAAGGAAUUGAUUGAAUAUAAGUACAUAUCCCGUGUUAUUAUUGUUGAUGUGCAUAUAUUAAUUUUGGUGAGCAGUAAUCACCCAAUCUGGGAUCGAUCAGAGUACAUCUCGCAGCGAGCUCUCUUUGUGUUUGGAUUCAGUGAGAUUGUGGAAGUGUUAAGAUCUCAGCUCAGAGAGGACUGACAACUCUUAACCUUGGAGUGAGUGACAGUGUUCUUAACGUAAAAGUGUUUAUUAAUUAAUUGAUUGAUGCCUGAGUGACACUGUGAUUAACGUAAAUUAAUUGAGUGUUAACUCAUUCAUUGUGAUUUAAUAUCUUGAUGACAUAGUUAAAAGUAAUUACUUAUUGUGGUGUUGUUCUAGUUACAUUGUUCUUUUUGUAUUCAUUUACGUGUGUUAAUUUGUUGUGUUCCUGAAGUGUUUUGAUGCUGCCAGUGACGAGUGCAAUAAUUGCCAAGAGUGUUCACGAAGUGUUCAGUUGGUUCACUUCUGUUCAUGACCUGUCCAAUGGGUCGAGACUGUUGUCUCUUUCACCACCUGUCAGAGUGGUGGGAACGGAUUCCUGCCGCCAGGAGGGGUUUCGACAGUUGUUGAAGCGACACUCUUGAGUAGCGUAACUAUCGUGGGUUCCUGUGUAUGAGUAACUAUAAGUUGUUGAAUAAACUUAUUUGAAUA